ACAUUUUUCUCACCUCACAUCAUUCUUCACUUUGAUCGGUACACAUAAAGUUUGAAUCAGCAUGACUUCUCUGGAAUCAAUCCUAGCAGGUAAAUAUCCUGCGAAGGCUCACGCACGCCGAGUGGCUGAAGGUCUCCAAUCUCGUGGGCAUGGCUCCCACGGAAUUAUCUACCUCGAAGCACAAAAAACUCGACUCAUUGAAGAUAAUGAUGAGGCCAUGCCAUUUAGACAACGCCGUCCCUUCUUCUAUCUAUCAGGAUGCUUGCUGCCGGAUUCCUACCUCAUCUACAACAUUGAUCUUGACGAACUUACGCUUUUCAUCCCACCAGCUGAUCCAGAGGCUGUGAUCUGGUCUGGCCUCCCAAUGUCUGCGGUGGAGGCGCAGAAGCGUUACGAUGUCGACUGUGUGCUGCCUACGCCUGAAGUGAACGCCGCACUUUCUCUGAUCGCUGAGAAUAAUGCGGGAAAAGCAGUUGCGUUUGUGAUUGGUGACCAAGUCUCUGACAGCACGAGGUUUCAGGGGUUUGUCGAGGUUAACACUUCUUCACUUCAAAGUGUCAUUGGGAAUUGUCGUGUCGUCAAGGAUGAAUAUGAGGUUGCGCUUUUGAGAAAAGCGAAUGACAUAUCCGCCAAGGCUCAUGUCGCGGCCAUCAAAGCCUCCAAGUCUGCCACUAAUGAGCGCGAGAUUGAGGGCGCUUUCAUAGCAACAUGCAUUGCCCACGGUGCCCGCGAACAAGCAUAUCAUCCAAUUGUCGCAUGCGGCGAGAAUGGAGCCACGCUUCAUUACGGCAAGAAUGACGACAGCUUGGUCGAUGCAACUACGAAACAGAGGAAGGCAAGCGUGCUAAUAGAUGCUGGAGGGGAGUAUAGCACGUAUUGUGCUGACAUCACCCGAGUCUUUCCUUUGGGUGGCAAAUUUCGCCCCGAAGUCCGCCAGAUUUACGAAUUGGUUUUGCAGAUGCAGAUGGAAUGCAUUGAAAUGUUGAAAGAAGGCAUUCAGUGGGAGGAUGUACACGCGCAUGCUCACAGUGUUGCCAUCAAAGGGUUGAAAAAUCUGGGAAUCCUUCGUGGCCCCGACAACGAAUUGUUGGAAAAGAGAAUCAGCGUGGCAUUUUUCCCCCACGGAUUGGGACACUAUUUGGGUAUGGACACUCAUGAUACCGGAGGCAACCCGAACUAUGAAGACGAGGACACCAUGUUUAAGUAUCUUCGUGUAAGGGGUCAUUUGCCCGCAGGUUCGGUUAUCACUGUGGAGCCAGGAAUCUAUUUCUGCCGCUUCAUAAUUGAGCCCUUCCUCAACUCCGACGAAACAAAUGCAUACAUCAACACUGAUGUCCUGGAAAGAUAUUGGAGUGUAGGUGGAGUCCGUAUUGAAGAUAAUAUCCAUAUCACGACAAAUGGGUUUGAAAAUCUUACCACAGCACCAAAAACUAUCGAAGAAGUGGAAAGCUUGGCCUUAUAGACAUUUAGCCAUUAUUUAUCAUCGCUAAUCUCAUAUAACCU